AUGAGGGAGUCCUGGACUCCCAUCAUUGCAUGGAACAUUGUGAAGUACCAUGCUGUGAAGUACAUAGUGGAUCCUAGGGUGCCUCAUAACCAUAAGUCGAGAACGAAAGGGCCGGGCAGCGAAAUUUUUGAUCGAUGUUGGGGCCAUAAAUCGAGAACGGAAGGGCCGGGCAGCGAGAUUUUUGGUGUAGGAUCAUCACAGGGUGCAGGUUGCGCCUUCCUCAUAUGGUUAGACUCGCUGCUGAGCUCUCUCGUCGUCCUGCCACAGAAUGAUGAAUGGUGGCCGAGCAUUUCCGGUUUUCUCGACUACACUCAUACCUGGUCCAUCGCAUCUGCCACAUCCAUUGCAUGGGUUGUUAUCGCCUACCUACUGACAGUCGCUAGCUCACUAGCCGAUGUCUCCUCCAACAUCAAUUCCAACGGCCAAGGGACGGGAUCGGUGUGGUUGUGGCUUAUCCCAAUCGUCAUAGGUUGGCUGCAACUGUCCCCGAAGUGCGAUUACGCACGCGUUAGAAAGGCCAUGGAAAACGCAGAUGCAAUGGCAUUUGUGGCCACCGAUCAUGGAGUUGUUGUAAAGGCUUCCGAUCAUUCGGAAAUGCGAGCAGUAUCCAUUGAUACUGAUAUUGAAAAUCCUUCGUCUAACGACGAAAUGUUAACACCGCCCGUCUAUAACUAUGCCAGGGCCAUUUCAUGGUCUCGGUCUGCGGAGGAUGUCUUCAAUGCUUUUCGAAUAGCCUCCAACAAUGCUAAAUUACACAGACCGGUCAUGACUGGUGCUACAUGGAUGAACUCGAAUAGAAGGAACUUUAUUGAACCCGGCAACAGGAAGGGCAACGCGUCCGAAGUCAAUGCUUAUUGCAGACUUCCUCUAUACGCGGUACGGAGCCCCUGGGCGACAGGGAUGUUCUCUCGCAUGUUCGUGGCCUCGCUGCUGCCACUAGCUUUGCAAUGGGCAACAACUGGAUCUGCGGUAAUAGUUGUGUAUCUCACUCCAACUGUGGGCCUUGGUUGUAGAUCUCUCGGUUACCUCAUGUAUGGCGCACUUGCAACUGUAGUAUGGGCAAUGCUCGUUAUGUCGAGCAUCCUGUCGCACUACGCAUUUUCAUACUCGGACAGACCCAGGAGUCCUUUCUCAUCUACCACCCUCAGGCUCGUAAAGCUAGCAUCAAACCUUUUGAGAUGGGGAGGGAAGUUGGUGGCAAUCGUCAAUGCAAUUUGGAUAAUUGCAGCGGGGAUGCUGCAGUUUACAGAUAUCUAUGAUAAUUGUUAUUGCAACUCAAGUGUGUUGGGGAGAGGGGUCCAAUAUGCUUAUUACAUUGUCGAGCUCGAUGGUGUAGACUUAGGUCAAACCAAAGCUGCUUGGUUCGGAGCGUUGGCUCUGGCUGGGUCUGUCUCUUUGGGAUUCAUUUUUUACAUGAGUUUAUUGACUGAUCUCGUACCUAUAUGA